AUGGCCACUCGCCGAACGCGAUCAGCUGCCACCAAGGACAAGAAAAAGACUAGCUCCAAGGCUCCCGCCCCGCCCAAGGCGACCUCCAAGAAAUCUGGUGCCUCGUCGAUCUCUGCAACAGUGGACCAAGGCGAUGCUCUCCAGCGCGUCAAGGAGGCCGUGAGGAUGACGAACCCUGACGCGUCCGAGAAAGAGGUCAUGACAAAGGCUCGAAAGUUGCUCGCGGAUAUGAAAAAGAGUCCCGCCUCAGACAAGGAGCGUCAAGAAACCAUACAAGCGAAUAGUGCGGCGAUGUUGGACAAGGAUGCUGAAGGCCACGAUGAAGAGCCUGAGGUUGUAGCUGGGGACGAACAAGACACCAGUGGAGAGGAGGCGGAAGAGGAACCAUCUUUCUCGCCCUCCGAUGGCGAUGCACCCGCUAUGUCGAAGGGAAAGGGAAAGGCAACCGCCAGAGGCAAGUGGAUGCCAAAGCCCCGCCCGAGGCCGCGAAAGAGGAAGGCCGAGCAAGUAUCAGACAAGGAAGGCAGCGACACAGAUCUUGUCCAGCGAGCCCCUGAGCGGCCUGAAAAGAAGAGGGCGAAGGUGCAGAGCCCCGGUAAAGCUGUUGGGGCUAGGGCGUCGCAGCCUGCGGCGCAUAGCUCUCCUACAUCGCCCCCAUCACCUGGGAAGAAGAGGGCGGAGGUAGUCAUUGAGUCACGCCGUCCCGCAAUCCCUGCGUUAACCCAGGAUGAGGACCUGGUGCUCCAGCGUCUGCGAGCACGGACUGGGAAGGGGACGGCACGCGUACAGAGUGAGGAAGAGAGCGAGAAGGACCAAUUGUCAGAGGAAGGCUCGAAGAUGGAGGACUCUGAGGACGACACGUCGGGUCGAGGAGCGGUUAAGAGCAAGACUAGCACCACUCGGCACGCAUCUAAAGCUGCCUCUGGGGACGACAGCCAGUCCUAUCACGUAUCGGAGGAGGAGAAUAAGGUAGACAGCGACGAUGACGAGCUCGGGGAGAACGCCUCUGAGAGCGACGAGAUCAUUGUGAAGUCGGAGGAGAAGCCGCAAUUGAAGUCGAAGACUGCGAAGGUCAAGGCCCAGGGCAAGCCGAAAGCGUCGAAGGUCUCCGAGGAAGUGAUCGCUGAACUCGAACAGGAGCCGUUCCGGACUUUCGUGCAACUCGCCCAGCUAGAAUUCAGGGCGUACCUCAGUGUCGAAAACGCGUGGCCCCGUCAGAACGACAAGGUCGUCGGCAAGUGGGACGCUCCAUUGUCAAUGUAUGAGAGGGUCAUAGCCAAGCACAAGAUCUAUCGGGCACCCAAGUUCAAGGCGAGAUACGACAAGAUGAUGGCUGAGUUCAGCACGAGAAAGGUGCUGCGGCACAAGGUCUACAGGCUGGCAGCGCAGUUUCGCCAGGAGGUGAAACAGAAGGCCAAGCGUGUGGUGGAAAAGGAGUUCCUGUCGAUCAAGGUCUCUGACCUUGGACCCAACGGCGAAAGGCUGAACGCUGUGGCCCGCGCAGAUAAGCUACAGAACGCUUUGGAGGCGCGUAUCAGGUGGCUCAAGGACUCGGACACCUUCCACCACGGGAACCUCACCAUGCCCGAUCCAGACGUUGAGCCCUCGCUGUGGGUGGCCGAACGUGACGCCCCGUUCCACAACGAGGCCAUUGCAGAAGUGAUGGCUCGUCAUUGGUGGCUGGGACAGAAUCCCGAGGCGUUGCGCCCUGAGCACCGUGAAAUAUUCGAUAUCAACAAGGUUCCUCUGUCGAGCAACAUGAUUGCUCUUGUGUGCAGCGCGAUACUGGUGACUCUGGAGGAGGCCCUCAAGGGUAACAUCACCAUCAACUUCGACGAGAAGACAUACACGCCGGAGCACGACCGCUUCAGAGCCGGUAUCGACAUGCUUCGCCGGUUUGCUGAUCCGAAGAAUCCCAGUUUCAACAAGGGGAUUAGCGAGUUAGUCAAAUCCAUGAACAACUCUCUGGUCAACUGCAUACGAACUGUUGCGAGGAUCGCGGAGCCUGAACUCGAGGUGACCGACUCGGAAGGACAGCGCGCCACUAUUAACCUCAACCUCGACAUGGAUCGUCUGUCCUCUCGGUGGAUGAAAACCGCGGGCCUGUCGUCUGAGAACACUGGUGGAGAGGCCGGCCCGUCGUCGAGCACCCAGAGCCAGCCAUCAGCAUGA